UUCAAUUUAAUUAUUAGGGUCUGGAUUUUAUCGUGAUCGAUGGAAAUAGAACUUUUUAGUGAAGACUGGACCUUGAAGGCUUUAGGUCGUGAUGGCUCUAACGUAUAUUGAUAUUUUAAAGCGAAUAUCUUUCGCAUUAAAUAAUUACAUUUUUCAGUUUUGCCUGAAACCAAAGCAAGUCAUAUGUUUGGAAGCUUUGUUAAAGGGGAAUGAUGUGGUGGCAGUUCUGCCUACUGGAUUUGGAAAAUCAAUUAUUUUUCAUUUACUUGCUGAUCUCUUCCCAGUUAAAAAUGAAAAGAAUAUUGUUUUGGUCAUCAGCCCUUUAACUUCCAUUAUAAAUGAUCAGGUGAAAUACUUGAAUGGGAUUGGUUUUUCUGCUGCUGUAUUGAACUUGGAACAGAGGAAGUUUGAGGCAGAUGAGAGCUUGUUUGGAAGUAAUGAUGCAGUGGAGGACGACCAUGAUGGUACAAAUAUUACAAUUGAUUGUGGUAUUAAAAACGGAGAUAUUAAGAUUUUAUUUGCCCAUCCAGAAUCCUUUUUAUCUGAUCAAGGGCGUUCAAUUUUAAAGAGCAAAAUUUAUCAACAAAAUGUGGUAGCUUGCGUGGUUGAUGAAGCGCAUUGUGUUGAAAUGUGGGGUGCUGAAUUUCGUGAAGAUUUUGGAAAAUUAUGCACACUAAAUCUGUUGUCAAUAUGAUCUGGGAUUACUUUUUUUAAAAAUUUAAAUUUUGGGAAAAACUCAACCAGAAUUCUUCCAAUCAGAACCUUUGUUGUCUGUCUGUAACAUUCCAAUUCUGCCAUAUUGACAGCAAAUUUCUUCCUGUCCAUAUAUCGAAUAUCUCCAAUUGGCUGGUUGUUUGGAAGAUGGUCAAAAGGAAUUCUGUUUGCGAUUAGAUUUGUUGCAAAAA